AUGACAGGAUCGAAGCCCCGACCCUGCAACGAGAAAAUGGACAAAUUCGAUAGUUUUCAUUCCUUUUACUCUGUUGUCGUUCGCAAACAGCACUCAUAUGCGAACCCUGUGGGCAAAAACAAGACUCUUUCCGCCGAUGAUACAGCAACCGCAUCGUCCUCCACAUGUGAUGCUUCGUUCACCACGACUUCUUCUACCCCCGCUGGAGUAUCUUUUAAAUACGAUAAUGAUGGGUCGUAUGAAGUGGAAUACUGCCUAGCAGAAUUCGAAAGCAAACUGUAUUUGGAAGAUAUAAAUGGUCGAAUGGAAGAACCAAUCAUUGAAGAAUUGUAUGAUGAUGAUAGCCGGGAUGAAUUUGAGGAGGAGAAUGAUACAGGUGACGAAGAUGAAGAGCAGGAGGAUUCUAUUGUUUCUUUGAAUUCACUAGAAAAGGAAGGACUUGAUGAUAAGUUUGUCACGGAAAACUGCAAGCUUCUCGCACCACCCACCACCAUGAUGGGGUGCUUGGGAUUGGUUGAGCAAAGUAUGGGUAUAUUCGGAAGACAGGAUGAUGACGAAGUUAAUGAAGCCUAUUGCAAUGGCGACUUUGAUAUGAUGCGUUCUACUACCACGGAAAAAUCUUGUACAUCUGAUGGAGUGGAGGAAUCCAAAGAGGAACAACCUCCUUGUUCUGAUGAUGAAGUUAAUGAAGCCUAUUGCAAUGGCCACUUUCAUAUCAUGCAUCCUACUACCAAGGAACAAUCUUGUAUAUCUGUUGGAGUGGAGGAGUCUAAAGAGGAACCACCUUGUUCUGCUCAUGGAACGUUCGAAGUCCGUGAGAUCUCCUUCGCCAAGCAUCAUGAUGAUGGCAUCAACUUGACUGACGACGAAGCCCUUUUGGUGGAUCCUUACAAGUAUGAAAAUGAGGAUAGUGAUGACGACGACGAUUAUAAUGAUGAUGAUGAUGAUGAUGAUGAUGAUGAUCGUUAUAAGCUUGAACCACUGAUAAUUCUGGAGACUGAAAGUAUCUUUUCGGACGAUGGCUGGGGCGAGGACGACGACAAAAAAGUGGAGGCCGAUGAUCAUGAUUCCAGCGACUCCUCGUCAGAUGAUGAAAAUACUAAUGCUUCGCUGAUUCUCACUUGCGAGUUGAACUUUGUUGACGAUGACGAGGAAGCUAGUAACUAA